AUGGGGAGUAACUCAUUUCAACUAAUAUUUCUCAUAUUGUUAUUUCAACUUUUGUAUUUCACUUGCAUAGACUAUCAAUUUGUUUCUUCUGCUGGCACCUCUAAAGUGGGCACUUGCAUUGAAACAGAGAAGAAAGCACUGCUCAAACUUAAAGAAAAUCUUACAGAUCCUUCAGGCAGGCUAUCUUCUUGGACUGAUCAAGAAAAUUGCUGUCAAUGGAUUGGGGUAAGCUGUGACAACAAGACAGGAAACGUCGUAAAGCUUGACCUGAGAAACACAUUUUCAACAAACAGCGAAUUAGGAGGUGAGAUUAAUCCAUCUUUACUUGAUUUACAAAAGUUGACUUACUUAGACUUGAGCAUGAACAAUUUUGGAGGAAUUAAAGUACCUGAAUUCAUCGGUCAAAUUGGAGAAUUGAGGUAUCUAAAUCUCUCUGGUGCAUCUCUUUCUGGUUCAGUAUCUUCAUUUCUUGGAAACCUCUCAAAUUUGCAAGUUCUUGAUUUGAAUAUGUACUCCGAAAAGCCAGUUGAGAAUGAUCUUGAAUGGCUAAAAGGACUUUCUUUUCUUGAACAUUUAAAUUUGGGAGGUUCAGAUCUUAGCAAAGCUAAUAAUUCUUGGCUUCAAACAAUCAAUGCUCAUGUUCCUUCUCUCUUGAAGUUGCAUUUGCCUCAAUGCCAGCUUUUAAACCUUCCAUCUUCUCUUCCAUCGCUAGAUCUAACUUCCCUUUUGGUACUUGAUCUUUCCAACAAUGCUUUCAACUCGAGUAUUUUCCCUCAAUGGCUCUUCAGUCUUAGUAACCUUGUGUAUCUUGACUUAAACUCCAACAAUAUCUUUAGUGAACUGCCUGAUGAGUUUGCAAAGAUCAUUUCCCUUGAAUAUCUUGAUGUAUCGUCUAAUUAUGGUAUUAACGGGCCACUAAAAAAAAGCUUGGGGAAACUAUGCAAUUUGACGACUUUGAUCCUCUCCUACAACAACAUCAGCGGAGACAUUACUGAUUUCAUUGAUGUCUUAUCCGAAUGCCAAAGCAACAGCUUGGAGACAUUGGAUCUGAGUUUCAAUGAACUGAGUGGCAAUCUUCCUGCUAAAUUAGGCCACUUGAGGAACCUAAAACUGCUUCAACUGAGGUUCAACUCACUCACAGGCACAAUACCUGAAACUAUAGGGAACUUAUCAUCCUUGGAGUCGCUCUACCUCACAUCUAACCAAAUGAGUGGGAACCUCCCCACGAAUAUCGGGCAGCUCACGUCGUUGGUCUCGUUGGACAUCUCUGAUAAUAUGUGGGAAGGUAUUGUCACAGAAGCCCAUUUCCUGAAUCUUUCUAACUUGCAAGAAUUUUCAGUUGGCAUGAAACUUGGUAGAAACAUAACCUUGGCAUUCAACAUCAGCUCAAAUUGGACUCCUCCAUUCAAGCUGACAUUCUUGACGAUCCAGUCAUGCCAAUUAGGCCCCAAAUUCCCAGCAUGGCUGAAGGAUCAGACUGAGCUCACUAGCAUAAUAUUCAAUACCGGGGGAAUUUCGGAUGCUGUACCAGAUUGGUUUGUAGAGUUGGAUUUGAAGCUUGACAAUCUAGACAUAGCUAACAACAACUUGUCAGGGAAAGUUCCUAACAAAUUCCAGUUCAACUUUAUAGCCAAUGUGGAUAUAAGCAUGAAUCUUUUUGAGGGACCUCUUCCAUUAUGGUCUUCUAACAUUACAACAUUGUAUUUGAGGGAUAACUUGUUUUCAGGACCUAUUCCUCUCAACAUCUGUGGAGCACUUCCCAAUUUAACAGACUUGGACAUAUCCAUGAACAAUCUAAAUGGCACCAUUCCCUUGUGCAUCGGUGAUAUGAAUCAGUUGACUACCUUAGCCCUUGAUAAUAACCAACUUAUCGGACAAAUUCCUGAUUUCUGGGGUAAGUUACCAUAUCUUUAUUGGAUUGAUAUGUCAAGGAACCUUCUAUCCGGACAAAUUCCAACCUCACUAGGCUCUCUUGCUUAUCUGAUGCUCUUAAGACUCUCAAGCAACAAUCUCUCCGAGGAACUGCCUUCUAGUUUGAGUAAUUGCACGUGA